GUGCCAAUGAUGUCAUUCUGUUUUAACGGCUGGGGGCGCGGCUGUAACCGGCAGCUCCUCCCUUCGAGCCAAUCGCGAUCGGGCAGAGAGAACUUCAGCAGCCUGUGUCCAUGGUCUGUGGGAGGAUCUAACGGCAGCGCUCCGCUCCUCCACGGCCAGCAAAACACUUGAACACACACACUGCGCCAAGCAAAAACGAAACCUUUAGCGACGAAACUUCAGUUUGAUAAGAAGUGAUGGCAGCUAUCCGUAAGAAGCUGGUGAUUGUGGGAGAUGGAGCCUGUGGGAAAACCUGCUUGCUGAUUGUGUUCAGUAAAGAUCAGUUCCCCGAGGUCUACGUGCCCACAGUGUUUGAAAACUACAUCGCUGACAUAGAGGUGGAUGGCAAACAGGUGGAGUUGGCUCUAUGGGAUACAGCUGGUCAGGAAGACUAUGAUCGGUUGAGGCCAUUGUCGUAUCCAGACACGGAUGUUAUUCUGAUGUGCUUCUCUAUAGAUAGUCCAGAUAGUUUAGGUACUUAACUACACACAUACACAUCAUUCAAAAGU